AUAGCUACUCUAAAUAAAAAACCUAUAAGGAAACCUAAGAUAGCAACUCUAGAUAAAUACGAUAGAAGUCGCACUAAGCUACGGACGUUUCUUACUAAUAUUAACUUAUACUAUAGAUAUAACAACGUACCUAAUAAUAAGAAAAAGAUUCUUAUAGCUAAUACCUAUAUAAAAGAGAAGGUAGCUAGCUAG